GCCCCAGUUAACAAUGAUAUAAAACAGCAGCUGCACCCAGAGAAUGACGACAAUCAGAACAGUUGGGGGUUAUUUUUCUGUCAUUGAUUAAUUGAUUGAUUGAUUGAUUGUAAUUAAUGAAUCUUGCAGCUCUUUACGGACAUGUGAAUGUGUUUGGUGCAGCUUCCGGUUAUCCGCCUGUAAUACAGCUCUCGUGUCUGCUGAGUCUCCUCAUGUGAAAAGUAAAACUAAAGGUUAAACUCAGACGCCAGGAGGAACCUUCGGCACUUUUCGGUGCGACACCGGAAGUCCCCGCUCCUGUUUGGACGUGCACUUCCUGUUGUGACUCCCGCGGCGCCUCCGCAGCAGACGGUCCGUUAACAAACCGAGAGAGGACGCAACCUUCAGGUGAACCGUCCUCAGCACCUGGAUGAUACGAGUCUGGAUUCAAGGUGAAACAGAGUCGUGAACCAGGUGUCUAACAGUGCCGGGAGAGGCCAUGGAUGAGCCGUUUGCCAGCAGUCCCUGUUCGUCUGAGGCGGACAGUCCUGGAGGUCUGAACCGAGGCUGCCUCCUGGACCCCGCUGACGUCCUCUAUCCGGACCUCUCCAUCAUCGUCCCGGAGACACCCAGCCCGCAACUUGGCAAACGGAGGCGACGUGGUCGCAUCGCAGAGGAGCAUUUCAGUCCCCUGGCCGUCGGCGGCUCUCCGGGACGACCGGAACUUUCCGCCGGCAGCGACCGUGGAUUUUCACAUAAAUCCAAACGCAGGAGGCUGGCUGCAGCGGUGGGAGAGCAGAGCGUCGGCUUCGUUCCCGCUUCGUCGCUGAGGGCUUUUCCUCUGUGCAGCUGGCUGGAGGCCCCGCUGUCGACCGCAUCCUGUUCCUCCUCCUCCUCUUCCUCCUCAUCAUCCUCCUCCUACCUCACGCCAGUAUCAGAGGAGGAAGCGGAGGCCCUGACCGUGACGGGCUCCACAGUAGAAGCCAGUCCUGCUUGUCCGACCGCAGCGACAGCUUCACCACCGCCACCACCCGCCUCCGGCUCGCUGUCCUUCCUGACUGCAGAGGAGAGGAGAUGGCUGAACGACGAGCAACAAAACCCGUCAGCCGCUGCGUCGGAGCAGAUCGUCAUCAGCGACGACGAGGAGGCCGCGGUUCGCUCGGCACAGGUGGAGGAAGACGAGGCGUUGGCUCAAAUCCUGCAGGCCCAGUUUGACCGAGAGGAGGCACACAACAGACACCACCAUCAUCAUCAUCAUCAUCUUCAUCAGCAGAGCCAUCACACGUACCACCCCUACCUGGAGCCCAGCUGGAUGCCUCACCUGCUGGCUGCCGUCUCUCCUCUGGUUGGCUUCGACGACGAUCUGAUUGGUCAGCGCAGAAGACGUGGGCGGAGCAGGAGGAGGAACGGCCCGUCUGAGUUUUCUGAAGACCUUCAGGGAAACGACUACGAGGCUCUUCUGGAGUUCGAGGAGCGUCAAGGUGCCGUCGUGUCCAAGAAGUUGAGUCGGAGGGAAAUCCAGAGGUUUCCCACCAAAACCUUCCAGUCUGCCAGCAGCGCCGGAAACACUCAGUGUCAGAUCUGUUUCUGUGACUACACUGAUGGGGAGAAGCUGCGGAUGUUGCCCUGUUUCCAUGACUACCACGUCCAGUGUAUUGACCGAUGGUUAAAGGAUAACGCCACCUGCCCGAUCUGCAGAGCCAACCUGGCGGACCGUGACUCCCUCGCCCCCCCGCACCUCUGACCUCUGACCUCCGGCCGGACAUGUUUUCUACUGAGAGCUGACGGGUUUGUGUUCUCGUCCUGCCGGUAUUUGAGUCUUGCUGUCGUUUGUGUUUGAUGAACGACAUCUCUCUUUUCUUUUUUUACACACUUUUAUUUAAUCGUCGUCUCUCAGACGUGAAUCGACUCUUCAGGAAUAAAACGAUGAAACCUUUGAGCUGCUUUUUGUUUUGUGUUGAGGACGGCUGCAGUCUGCUGUUUAAUAAAUGAAGAUUUCUUCCUCUUA